AUGGCUCGAGGCAGAGGUCGAGGUAGCGGAGGUCGUGUAGGAAAGUCCUCAUUAAGGUGUGAUUCUACUGGUCGUGCAAACAUGCCUACCAUUCCCAUUCCCACCACAGUUAGUCCUCAACAAGGUGGUACGCCACCGGUUCAAGCCUCAGGUACGCCACCGGUUCAAGCAUCAGAUUACGGUAGUAACCCAACCAUCCCUGAAUUAUCUCCCAUUACACCUGAUCUGAGCAGCCCAGUAGAUGAGGGUACAUCAAACCAUAGCAACACUGUCAGCGAAAAAGAGUCCAGUAGUCGUCGUAUGCAGCGGACACUUACACUUGUUACUCUUACUCCUGCAGGGUUGGAACCUUCUAAAGAAUGCUCUAAUACCAUAUCCGCAUCUUUCAAAAAUCAACUUGAUCCCAAUGGAAUCAAUUGGAAAGGUGUCUCAGAAGAUACUAGAAAUUUUUAUUUUGGGGAAUUCAAGAAGACAUACCAUUGGGACUCUUCGAUUCCUGAGAGUGUAAUCAGAAAACAUUGGAAUACUAAGGCAGCAACAAAGUAUAGGAAUUUCAUUAGCAAAAUUAAACAAAAAAGGAUUAAGCCGGAUUAUGUGUCUGAUAAUGUGUGGGAACGCUGGUUGCAACUUUGGGCGGAUCCUAAGUGUGUCGAAAAGUCGGAAAUAAAUGCAAAGAAUCGGUGUGGAGGGAAAGAAGUUGCUGCCGGGACUCACACGGGUGGCUCUAUCUGCAUUGGGGAGCAUCGCAAGAGACUUGCUGUUGCAAAGGGUCGAGAUCCAACACCAGGCGAGGUACAUUUGCAUGUCCAUACACAUGAUCAUGAUGGAGAAUCUUUUGUUGAUGAGCGUGCCCGAGCUGUCCAUGAAAGAUAUCAAGAAAUAUUACAGGAAAAAUCACAGUCUCAGUCUGAUAUUGAUCAAUGUGAAGCAUAUUAUGAAGCUGCUGGGGGAACAAGGAAGAGAAGAAUAUAUGAUCUUGGAUCUCAAGCACAAAGUUACUAUGGGCCGAAUCUUUGCGUCAAUUUUGGCUUUAAUGCUUCAGCAUCAGCAGCACCUUCAACUUCUCAAUCAGCACCUACAGAAAAUAUGGAGGAGUUAGUGAUGCGAUUGAUUCCUACACUGACUGAUUGCUUGCUUCCUUUAUUUAUUGAGAAGGCACGUGGAGUGAUUUCUUCACCAUCAGAUCAUCCAAAUACUCCUAUCGACAAACCAUCAGUUGUGACACCCAUAGUGCCUCCUCCUACUACUGCUAACGUUGACGAUGUUGAUCCUUUAGUUUCUGAUGAUGAUCGUAGUCCUUCACCCAUGCAUUAGUUUUUUAUGUUAUCUGUUUUUUGUUGGAAAGAACAAAAUUAUGC